CCAUAGACUGGAAAGAUGGUAAAAAGCACAAGUACAGCCGCCCGUCAGAGUCUCCGUCCCAGUACCAAGGUCACUUCACCUGGGAGAAAUACCUGAAAGAGACAUGUGCCAUCCCAGCUCCUGCCCAUUGCUUCAAGCAGUCGUACACUCCACCUGCAAACGAAUUCAAGAUCAGCAUGAAACUCGAAGCCCAGGACCCCAGGAACACCACCUCCACCUGCAUUGCCACGGUGGUCGGUCUGACGGGCGCACGGCUCCGCCUGCGCCUCGAUGGCAACAAGACCGUUUGUUGGCGUCUGGUGGACUUUGCUGAGAUCCAGCCGAUCGGGAACUGUGAGAAGAACGGCGGCAUGCUGCAGCCUCCCCUGGGCUUUCGGCUGAAUGCCUCCUCUUGGCCCAUGUUCCUUCUGAAGACUCUGAAUGGAGCAGAGAUGGCUCCUGUCCGGAUUUUUCACAAGGAACCACCAUCUCCAUCCCAAAACUUCUUCAAGACAGGUAUGAAGCUGGAGGCAGUGGACAGGAAGAACCCUCACUUCAUCUGCCCGGCCACCAUUGGGGAGGUGAGAGGUUCUGAGGUCCUCAUAACAUUUGAUGGCUGGAGAGGUGCCUUCGAUUACUGGUGCCGAUAUGAUUCCCGGGACAUCUUUCCCGUAGGCUGGUGCUCGCUGACUGGAGAUAAUCUGCAGCCCCCUGGAACAAAAG